AUGGUCAAGCUCACCGAGGUCGAAGACGAGCACUUCGUCGAGAAGCCCGUCCCCAGCAAGCACGAUGCUCUGCUCGUUUCCGAUGACGAGGAAGACUACACCGACACCGAGUCUGAAAUCUCGGAAGCUUCAGAUGAUGAGGCCGAUGAGGAGACCCUCGCCGACCGUAUCUCUGCCUUGAAAGACAUCCUCCCUCCUUCCGCGCGUCACACCAUCACCAGCUCUGUCUCUACCCUCACAUCCUUCGGCAAGGCUAGUCUGUCAUUCAGCGGAAGGGCCCUCUGGAUCAUCAGUACUAGUGCUUUCCUGAUCGGUGUUCCUUGGGCUCUUGCCUACGCCGAGGAGGAGCAGUACAUCCAGAUGGAGCGUGAGCAGGGUAUGAUCAAGGGUGCCAACGAGAUGCUCACCCCCGGCUCUGAGCCCGAGCAGCAGCAACAGGCUCAACAAACUCUGUAA